CAUUAUCGACCUACUAGUACAAAACUGCGUUUGGGAUAAGGAAAUGUUUGUGUCAAAAUUGCUAGUUAGCAUGUUUAAAGAAGCCACAGGUCAGACGGUCAGUUCAACGAGUGAACUAUCCGGAGAGUCACGUAACAUAAUGAUGGAGGCGGUUUUAGACACUGUGGGAAAGUUUGCUUCGAAAGAUAGGCCAAUUGUGGAUGCAGAACUAAAAUGUGUUAUUUUAAGGAUAAGAUGUUCGUCGAUUACUUGCUUGUUGUCUUUAUUGUACGACUGCAUCAAAGGUGAUCUAAAUAAUGAAUUUAGACCAUUAGAGGCAGCAGUGAGACAAGUAACAGGAUGCGAAGAGGUAUCUGUAGAAGCCGUUAUAUACGAAGAUCAAUUCUGGGCAAUAAUAAACAAAACGGUUACAGUUCUUGAAGACAUCAUUUCACAGACGUAUAACAUGGCAUUGCAACCAUGUGCUGUAAGACAGAACAGCGAAACAUACGGAAUAAGUGAUGUGCGUUUAUGUGAUAAUACAAGGCGCCCUCAACAAGCUGUACGUAUUACAGUUAAAACUGAUCUAGAAGGACAACGACACCUGAAGAAUUCUAUAAAAGCUGGUUCCAUUAACAGCAGCAUUAAUCGCCUCAGAGAAGAAAUUGUCAAACAGUACGAUAUAAAAAAUCUUUCGAUAGAAGCCAGGCUUUUUGAGACAGGGUCAGAGAGCCAUGGAGCUUUCGCAGAUUUGCACGCUAAAGUAGAGAAUAGAUAUUUGAAUGUUAACAUGGAUGGAACAAGAGAGACAAUGUUAAGAGAAGCUACAAGCACUGAAAAUCAACAGCCGAAGAGCAGUUUAGAAACUAACGAAUAUCAAGUUGAUUAUAAAUCACUUUCGAGU